AUGUCAUCACAUCAAGGCGACGCUGGUCCACCAAAUGGGGACUCAAAACUUACUGGGGGGACAAUGGAAGAUUACGACAGCGUAUCAGAAUACUCAGAUUCAGAGGGUAACCUCGAUGCCGCAUCCGUACACACUGCCAAAUCAGUCAAGAAAGAGGAGUACCAUGGAGCUGGACGGGACAACAGGCACGUCUGGCUCUCAAUGAUUGUGGUGCUUCUAAUGAUUGGGGCUACAACUGGGGUUGUAUUGGGUUUCACAAACAAAUUCUUAAUAGACGAAGAAACGGCAGAAUUUGAGAACGGAUUUCGACAGCAUGUGAGUGCUGUUGCUGAAGGAACCAACUUUCAUGCAAAGUCAAUGAUAGGCUAUAUGGAAUCCAUGGCAGAAACCAUUACUUCUUAUUCAGCAGCAUCCGGUGCACAGUGGCCGCUGGUGACUGUCCCAAACUUUGUUCGUCGAGGUCAGCGAACUAUGGACGAAGCCAGGUUGGAUAUGGUUGCCUUUUCGCCUAUCGUUGAUGCUAAGCAUCUUGGCAACUGGUCUGGUUUUGUUGCCAGCAAGUCGGUUGGUUCGCUUUAUGAAGAUGAAUCCAAAGAAGGUAAUGGCUUUCCGAAUCCCGACAUCUUUGAGUUCGGCAGCGACGACAUUUCUUCUGGUGCCAUUUCUUUUGUCCCUUUUUGGAUGUCGUCUCCCAUGCCAUACAAUGUCUCUGUGGUCAACUUGAAUCUACUCUCAAAAGAAACCUACAACAAAGCCUUCCAAAGCAUGAAAGUGUCUGAACAGACAGUCCUCUCGGAGCUGUAUACUUCCUCCAAAAACGAAGGCAUGUUCAUUCUGAAGGAACAUGUUUUUCCACCUUCUUAUUUCGAUGGAAAGGUGGUCGAGAAUGACUUUGGUAUUCCUUUGAAUACUGACGGCAACACCGAGGAGGCAGAUGGUGAAGAAGUGAUCGAUCAAAUCCCUCACAGCAUCAUCAUGACGCCUGUGUUCGACAACUUUGACUUGGAUCGGAGAUCCAUGGUCGGGGUAGUCUAUUCUGUCAUUCCCUGGGACAAAUUCUUUAUUAAUUUGCUGCCUGAUGAUGUGAAUGGAAUUAUUGCUGUCCUCAAGGACACUUGUGGAAAUCGAUAUUCGUUUGUCAUCAACGGCAAAACAGCAGCUUACAUCGGCGAAGGUGAUGUGGAAGGUACCAACAACGCGUAUAUAUCUGAGACUAUUGAUUUUGGACAGGUCUUCGCGGCGGAAGGCACGGAAUGUGUUUACAGUCUUGCAAUCUACCCAUCUGAGAAUUUUGAAGCACUCUUCUACUCCGAUGCACGGACGUUUUUCAUGCCAUUCUUCGCUGCCGUUUUCAUUUGUUUGGGGAUCGGAUUUCUCCUCUUCUUUUGGUUUGUGGAGCGCCGUCAAAGGAAGGUUGUUGGUGUUGCUCAACGUACAACGGCCAUCGUCUCCAGUUUAUUUCCUGAUAAUGUUCGAGACCGGAUCAUGCAACAAGCUGAAGAACAAGCCAAUGAAGAAGCCAAAGGCAAGGUGCUCGUUGUAAAUGAAGAUGGUACUAAUGAAAACCUUGCGCAACUCUUGGAAAGCGGAAAGAAGCAAGAAGUCCCCAAAAGCCCAUCCUUGUCUGGUAGUAGCAAGUCUGGUAGUAGCAAACGCGUCCGUCUAGUAGGCGGCGGUAGAACCCCACGCACUGGCGGAAAAAAGAGAGCUGCAAACGGAAGCACAGAUGGAGCUCCGAUUGCCGAUCGCUACCCACAUUGUACUGUAUUUUUCGCCGACAUCGUCGGCUUCACUUCUUGGUCAUCGGAUCGUGACCCGGUACAGGUAUUUCUUCUGCUUGAAACACUGUAUGGCGCAGCUGAUAAAAUUGCGAAUCGCAUGGGUGUAUUCAAGGUUGAGACAAUCGGGGAUUGCUACGUUGCUGUAACUGGGCUACCAAAACCACGAGAUGACCACGCAAUAGCUCUUGCUCGAUUUUCCCAAAAAUUUCUUUUGAAAAGUCGACAAGUUUUUCUUGAUUUGGAAGAUGCUUUGGGUACAAGCAAACUAGACGUUCGGAUCGGACUUCACAGUGGUCCUGUCACUGCAGGUGUAUUGCGCGGAGAAAAGGCACGCUUCCAGCUCUUUGGAGACACAGUCAACACAGCUGCACGGAUGGAAAGCAACUCCAGAACAGGAAGGAUUCACUGCAGUAAAGCCACAGCAGAUCUUCUUGUUGAGGGGAGGAAACUAUCUUGGUUGACAGAACGAGCCGACAAAAUUGUAGCCAAAGGAAAAGGAGAGAUGAUAACUUACUUCAUUGAUGUUCCCUCGAGCGACAUUUCUUCCAGAAAAUCUGGAUUUGGCAAAUCCGGAAGUAGAAGAUCCCUGGGCACUGACUCCUCUGGGGACUCCUCCUUAAUGUCGCCAGCGACGCCAUUCAAAAUGGGUUCAAAAAGAGGAUUGACGGUAGAUGCUGGUGUUCCUGCUAUCCCUGCUAUCCCUCGAGUCCCUACGUUAGACUCGGAGGAUUAUAAUUCGGAGGAUAUGGGUGAGCUGUAA